CUAACUAAGUUGAUUUUUGUUUACAAAAUGACAGUGAAAUUUAAUCGGGAUUCCUUCAGCUGAAGCUUUUCAUCUGGAAGGACACUUUCAAGUCACUAUUUGCUCUUAACAACACCAAGGAGAAAGACAGAGUCUAGCAAUAUUUUACUCAAGCCCAAUUUUGCCACUCCUAAACAGAAAAAAUUGGAUAAUUUAUCUGGAAACAAGAGGACGAGGUCUUACUCUCUUAGAUUCCAGAAGAAGCACAAUAUCGGAAUUCUUUCAGGGACCAGAACAUUAAUGAGAUACUUAAGCAGGAUCUUACCACGAAGGGAGUGCGGGGUUACCUUUCUAAGAUCUUGACUCUCCCUCGGUCCGAUCAGGAUAUUUGGGUCUCAAUGCCUCAAUGUUUGGCUAAAACAGUUUUUACUAAGAAACCAAGCGACUGUAUGAAAUAUCUUGUUUCAAGAGUCAAACUGUACUUCCUCCGUUAUGAAAUGAGUAAUGACAAGCUUAAGCAGAUGAACGACCAGAGUUGAAUCGACCUUCACCUCACAGAGAAGAUAUGCUAAAGCCUCAUUGCAAGAUGUUGAAGAGAUACUCCCAUUUCAAACCUGCUGAGAUGUGCUAGUUCCAAUGCUUAACAUCCUGAAGAGCACCUCUGGAGUUUUGAUGUUCUGUAACGAUCUUCACGAAGCGAAGGGCGACUCAGAAGAUGAGAGUUUUAAGGCCUACGCUUGCUCAUGCAUCUUCUCGAUCUUCCUCCAAAAACUCCAGAAGAAGAUGAAGAUAGAAGAGCUCAGGACCAAAAGUGGGAAUAUUUACUACAACUUCUCAAAGUUGAUCAGCUUUGACAAAAUCUGGAGGCUUCAGGAGUACAUUGAGGGCCCUCUGUGUCAGUAUUUCAGUGUAAAUAGGAUCAACUUCUGAAUCUGAGAUCACAACAAAAAUCAACUGUUCAAGGUAGUCAGGGAUGGAAAGAAUCAUGAACAGAAGAUCAUCAGCUAUGAAAGCGACAAAGGAAUUGCCAAUUCUGUUGCAAAAGAUGGAAUCCCCAUCGUAGAGAACGAGGCUAAUGAUACUAAAUAAGUUCCUUGCUGAGUUAGACGAUCCAAAGGGAAAAUACUAUAAGUUUAAUCAGCCAGCAAGUCAAGUGUCUAUUCUCUCAGUUCCAGUGUACAAAUCAAGCAAGAGCUCGAUCAGCUCUAACUGCUUAGGUAGGAUUUGUUCAUGCUCUUACAGCGCUUUAGAUGCCUUGAAGCUAAUCAACAAAGACAAUGGGACUCCAUUCGAUGAGAAUGACCUAGAAGAGGCCAAAGAGUUCUGAUAUUCCUUGGGAGACAUAAUCACAGUGGUUUCUAAAGCCGAGACCCUCAUGUCCUUCAAGAACUACUUGGGUAGCCUUGAGCAAUCCCUCGGAGAAGCGUCAAAUGAAAUGCAAUCAAAUUGGAGAUACAUCAAGUCUCUGAAGGAAAAUAUGAAGAGCAUGGAUAGCUACCUAAAAGGUGUGCUAAGACAAUCGGAGUAAUAAGUAUCAUCAAUAAAAUUUUGUAUUAA